UUUUUAUGAUCUUAUUUUCUACAAGUUAAAUCGAUUAAAAAAUAAAAUGUCCAUAUACCAAGAUGAGCAUUAUGUUGAAAAUGAACAAAAAAAACAAAUUAAUCUUUCAGAAUUUAUAAAACACAAAAAAAAUAUAACUUCUUUUUUGCAAGAAACAACACAACAAAGAAGAGACACAUCUUUUUCAGAAAUAAACAAUAUUUUUCAAAGUUAUUCAAAUGCAUCAUCAUCGUCAUCAGCAUUAGACUUAUUAAUGUUUCAAUCUAUAAAUGAUUUAAAAAAUACAGAAAGUGGUCUUCCAGAUAACUUUAUGGAUACAUUAGAUCGUGUCCCAAAAAAAGCACUUAAGCAGGAUGAUAUGUGUUCAAUUUGCAAAACCGGUUUUCUUGAAGAUGAAUAUCCACUUGUUGUUAAACUACCUUGUGGUCAUAAAUUUGAUGAAUGUAUUGGCUUUUGGUUAAAAAUAAAUACAACAUGUCCAGUUUGUAGAAAAUCAGUAAUAAAGGAAAGACCUAUAAUACUUGAAGAUGAAUAUGAUGAUAUUUAUUCUUAAAAACAUACUUCAAAAAUAUUUUUCUAUGAUUAUAGAGCUAAAAA